GUGGAAAGAAUUUCGCUUUUUUUUGUUUUUUGUUUUGGAAAAUUUUCAAGUAUUUUCAGUGACGAGCAGUUGAUUGUGAGUUCCACGCCGUUACGGCGCUCGUGAAGAGUGUAAUUUGCGAAGGCCGAGGGCAACACCAGAUCAUUAUUUUCCGUGUAAUGAAUGGCGAAAGUGAAGAAGAACGUAAUGAAAAAGCUGUUGGUAUAGUGGUGGUUAAGGCAAUUAUCACUAAAUCAGGGUAUGUAAGAUUAUAGAAUUUUUUAUUUCAAACUCCUGUUGUAUUUCUGAAGUAAAAUUAUGUAAUUUUUGUGAAGUGCUCACCAGUUCGUUCAUGGCAGUCAGUAGGUUAAACCCCAUUCACACCAGCAAAAUGUGUUAUCGGUUUUGACUGAAUGAAAAUCACCGACAGAGAACUGAAAAACUGAAUUUCCAAACGGUCAUUAACUUGUAUUUUUCAAGUGCUAAAUUUGAAGCCGACAAGCUUCGGUGUAGGCAGCUAUUAUGAAGAAAAGAAUUUUAAACCGCGCUUAAGACAUGUUUACGCUUUGGUGUAAAUGGGUUCUUAGUCGGCACGGUUUUGAUAACAUAUUUCAGUUUAGCCAGCAUAGAGAUCGAUAAACACAUAGCAGGAGUGGAAAAUGGAUCGUCAUUUAAUAAACCGGUUGAAGCACGAUGUAUUUGAUAUUCCAGGCAUUACAAUACAAAGGCAAAAUGCAAAAACUUAACUUUAACACAUUUUACUGAAAUUACCACAAACUUCAGGACAAACUCUGUCAAGAAUCGAUUACAAAAUAUAUUUUGCACUAACAGCUAGAAUUGCAAAUAUUUCCAUAUUAGUGAAAAGACGGCCGUGAGCAAAUUACACUCAAAUUUUUCAGUUUGCUGUAAACAUCAUUCUUAACCUCCCCAUAAGUGGCUUUUAUUAUUUCACAAGUGUGCAGCGAAUGCAGAAUUUGAGGCUCGCCAAUUCUUGUCGCUUCGUUGCAACGCAUAAAUUUACAAAAAAAUGGUAUAUAUAGACCUUCAAAAGCAUUUAAGAUUUUUUGCCAAUGCAUCAGCUUCAUGCAAAUUUGCCAGCGCAGUUGCUUUCUUAAAUUACGGCUUAGCCAACUGAAUACCUCAGAUAAGUGCUGAAAAUCGACCUCUUCUGUUGUGCAAGUGACAGGCAUGCGGAGCAGCUGAAAUUCACUUCGCCACCGGCUAACAUCACGUUACAAGCCAGCCAAGCAUAGAACAAAUCAUGUCUGAAUUGUCGAAGAUUAUCAGAGAUUUAAUGAAUUAUAAUGAGAUAACAAUACUAUUGUAAUAUUGAUUUGGCUAUAAAAGGCUCGCACCUCAUACGUCGAUGCCGACAUUCACACCUAACACCCACCUAAGAGAAAUUUAGCAUAAGUGACUUGUGCACCAUUGUGAGCGUGUUUUAUUAAUGAGGUUAUUUGUUUUUGGCAGCCCGACUGAAAGAGGACAGAAGAAGUUCGGCAUUGAUUGAUCUUAGAAACUAACACGGACCAAGUUUGCCUGUCAAGGUUACAAGAGACAACAUGAAACUAUCUACAGCAAUAUGGCUUGUUCUAUUUCUUUGUGUACCGGAAAGACUGUGUAUUGCCAGGUGAGUUUUAUCAAGAAGAAUUAACCCUUAUUUUGAUAAUUGCCAAAGCGUGGCGGAUUUGUUCAUCGAGAAACUUCGCCCCAUGCGGUCAAGAUCACUCUCAGAGAUCGUGUUUCUUAAAAGCUACCUUGUUUGCGCAAAAUUCGUAAAUUAAGAGUCUAAAAACUAAAUUAAAUUAAAAAACUUAUGUCGAAAUAUUUGGAAAGUAAACGGUUCAAUGAUUGUGGCGUGGUAGAGGCGAUAAAACGAACUAGUUAGCGAAUACACUAUACUCAGAAAGUCCGUUUUUUGAAAGAGGAAACAUCUACUUAAAGUUGAGACUUUCGGCUCUGUAUUAGCUCGCUAUAGUAAUACUAUUACAUAACCAGGAUAUGUUCGUUCGAUUUAAGUUGAAAAGUUGUAUAUAACCCCGGGUCAAAUUGCGUGGUCAUUUUUAUAGUCGUCUUAGGGGAUUAUAAUCUGUCUUUAGCUUGAGUAGGAACGCUUAACGAAAUUGUUUUUAACACCUUUGAUACACUUCUACGAGCAUUUUCAUCACAGGAAGGAAAAUCCUUUGUCGAAAUAUGUUGGAGAUGUUCUUAUGUCAUCAGUUUAAGGUCGAAGGUGCUGUUUGCUUUGACACACAAUUAGACAAAUAAUUCAAAGAAUCAAAACACGUAUGAUCCCUUUACAAAUAUUUGAUUGCUGCAUUCUUUUUGAACAGAACUGAAAGAAGCGCGAGCAACAGUAAAGGGGAAGAGGUAAUUUCACUCUGUUGCUUUAUCCACAUACAACUUACAAUAAUUUUUGUUUAAGUCUUUUACUUUGCUCAUUUGACAUGAAACUCAGUUUUAUUGCUAAAGAACGCAACAGAGGCGCAAACUUGUUCAGUAAACAAUGGAGAGUUGUUGACAAAUCAUGCGUUUUGUUUUGUUACGACACGAGUGGGGUACUCGAUGACUCCGAUUGCUCGUAAAGUAUCCAGGCCUCAUUUGUCAUCUUGCUAAGAGUCGGGCAUUAACUAGACAUAUCACACUUUGUUUUCUAUUGGUCAUUGGUGAAAGUGAAACCUGUCAUCAGUAAAUUUGAUAAUUAACUCUCCUGAUCGUUCUUUAUGUAACUGGUGCGUUUUUUCUUUACUAGGCUUUCAAAUUAUUGUCGAGUAUCGUGAAGGAAGGAGGCCGACGUGGAUUGCAGGAAUGUGAAAAUCAAUUCAAGAACGAGAUCUGGAACUGUACAUUGAAUAAUAAAGAAAUUUUCAGAGAGCUGCCCAUCUUCGUUAAAACAACUCUACCGUAUGGUAAGCCGAUCUUUGUGUCGUUAAGCCGACCUUGUUUAAUCCCAAAGGAGAGCCUAACGAAGACUUGGAAUUUCAAGUCCAUGCUUGAGGUUUGGCACCAGUCCCACGAUCUCUCCAGAUUAUAAAAAUAAACCUUGAAUUUAUAAUUAUAUUUCUGGAGCUUUCGGUAUAAAUCUGGCCGAUAUUCUUCAGGAAAAAAUUAGAUUGAGUCUUCGCAACGAAAUGUUUAUGAAACCCGUGAACAAAGACACACACCUUUCAUCCUCUCUCCUCUUUUCAUCUUUCGUGAAUGGCAUUCGACUUGAUUUCCGAGCGUUUAUUGAUUAGUUUAUACUUUAAAUACGAUUUCUUUUUUAAAAUUUUAUUCUCGAUGUUUUUUAAACCCUGAACAAACACAUACCUUUCAUCCUCUCUCCUUUUUCAUAAACCAUUUGAAUAUUUUUAAAAAUACAAUUUAAUAUUCAUUUUUAUUCUUUUAAAACAUUGCUUAGAAAUGUUUAUGAGAUCACUGAACAAAGACACAUUUUCAGCUCGUUUGAUUGAUUUCCAUAAUUUUUAUACUUUAAAUACGAUUCUUAAAAGGAAUUCUUUUUAACAGUUAUUAUUUUAUAUUCUUUAUUCUUAGCCACUAGGGUUUGAUUGACCGUUAUUAUAUUCUUAUAGUUUUUAUCCACGCCAUCAGCUCUGCCGCCAUUACUCACGAAAUCACGCUUCAGUGCCGACAGGGAAAGAUCCCUGGAUGCUCGUGCGCCGUAGUCAAGAAACAGCGACGGGUUACAGAUGAUUGGCAGUGGGGAGGGUGCAGUGAUGACAUCAGAUAUGGCGAAAAGGAGACAAGGCGCUUCAUCGAUAGACUGGAAAACGGAAAUGAUGCUCGAACGGCUUUUAAUCUUCAUAAUAAUGAAGUAGGAAGGAAGGUAUGCUAAUUUAAUUGUUUUUGUAUUGCCUCAAUCAGGAUAUCGAGCCAGUGUAACACCUUUUAUUUUUUGCUUGCGUUGAAUUCCUAACUUUCGGUGGAUGAAAUCUCCUACCGUAAGGGAGCUGAACGAAAUAUGUCAAAGUUACAGAAUUAUUUUUCACAGUACAGAGAGGACAUGCCAUUUGUUCUCUGAAUAAAGACCUCGGAGAAUUGCGGAAUCUCGCUUUAAAAGUGGCUCCAAUAUAAAAUCUAAACAGACUUUAUACUGUUAAAGUGGUCACAGUAUGUCAUCUUGGUAAAUGCACUCUCUAUAUGAAGUGUAGUCGUUUGUCUCACAUCCGCUUUAUUGUGGAGACGUGGCGACUGGGCUGUAAGGGUUGGAUACUCACAUGUGUCAAUCAAGAGUACCAAGGUGAUCAAAGUUCUACUGGCAGAUUUUCCGAUCUGAGUCAACCGAUUAUACUUCGUAUAGAGACUGUGAUUGAUUGAUAUUUGCGCGGGAAAAUAUAGGACAGCAACCAUAGACACUCGUGAUCUGAAGUAAGAAGAGAGGUUGGGUCCAAAGAUGCUUAAGCACGCUUAUUUUGAACCAACAGAUUGUUCGCUCGAGUGUGCAAAAAGAAUGCAAAUGUCAUGGAGUCACAGGAAGCUGCAGUAUGAAAACGUGUUGGAGACGGUUGGUGAACUUCAACGCUAUCGGAUCAAAACUAAAGGAAAUUUAUUUCAGAGCCACGCAGGUUUCAUUUGAGAACAACAAGCUACAAGAACGAAUUCAUAAGAAGACAAGAGCUGUCUCCAAAAGAGAAAGAAAGUUGGUCUAUCUCGAAUCGUCCCCAGAUUACUGCUUAAGGAACGUCAGCGUGGGUGCCCCGGGAAUGUUGGGGAGAACAUGCAGAAGCGACGAGGUAUCCACGACUAAAUGCAAAUCACUGUGCAACUCGUGCAAAAUGUGGCAUCAAACACAAGAACAUUACAAGCUUGUAAAAUGCAAGUGUCAGUUUGUGUGGUGCUGCACUGUUAAAUGCGAGAUGUGCUCAGAGAGAUAUUCUGUGACGACUUGUUCAAGAGGAUAAAACUGCACAUGCACAUGACUGAAAUGCGAGCUGUUCGCAGUACUUUACGUUCCCGUAUUAACAGCAAAAGGACGCACAUCAGGAAAACUCCCGUGAAUUUUUCCAUCAAAAUCGCCGUUCGUUUCAAAUAAAGAUACAGGUUUUCACGUCAUGUAAAAAGUUCUAGUUUUUUUUUCUUUCUUGCCAAAAUAUUGGCCAAUAUAACAACUGUGUAAAUAAUAAUGUGAUUGACCGUGUAUUUGGUGGUAUGGUUUGCACUUAUACCCUCGAAUCCUGUGGACAACUCGAUCUCAUAAUGAUUGCCUCGGUUUCGCGAGGAAAGUAGACUUCGGAAAGUCUUGGAUGCGGAAGAAUUGCUCUUGUUUGAACGAUAUAAAAGCAUUGAUAAUAUUAAACACAACAUUUUGUGGUAUGCUCAUUACAGCACGUAGG